AUAUAACUGAACAAGAUUUUAAUUAAAGCAAAGAGAUUACAAUAAUUUUUCUCUAAAAUAAGGAGACAAUAACCUCUCUUAUUAUAGGAAAAAAUACUAACAACUACAAAUGUUUAGGACAAACUUCUCUCUCUCAAUGGUGAGACGCACAUAUUUAUAGCUCUCAAGCUUGACAAAAAUUAUGAAAUUCUAUAUUAAAAAUUUUAUUAGUAAUAAGUAAAUAAUUCAUGUUUUUAUAUAUAAUUUAAUAUUUUUACAUUAAAUUUAUGUAAAAUAAUUAUUCAUUGUUUAUUAUUAUUUUUUUUCAGAUUUCAAGUUUCUUUGUACUAUAUAAAUAAUCUUGUGCAGUUAAUUUUACUAUUUUAAAUAAGUGUAGAUCGAAAAUCUAUUAAGAAUACUCUAAAAUUAUAAUAAAAAUAUCUCAAAAUCAAUUUAUUGAAUAAAGUAAGCUAUGUUGUUAUAUAUGUGUCAACUAAAAGAAGAAAAAAAAUGUUAACGAGUAUUAUACUAUUGCUAUUGUUUUAAUAAAAUAUCUAGUCUAAUAUAAUUUAAUAUUAUAAUUUUUAAAUUAUAAUAUAGAAUAUAAUAGCAAUAUUCAAAUAAAAAGUGAUGUGUAUUAUACAUGAACUAAGUUAAGGAGUGAAUUGAGAUAGUUGUGAUGAUUAAGUUUUGUAAAUAGUUAUCCGUACACUAAACACGCAAACCCAUGCUAACUAAGUAAAAGACAAAAUCCACCGAACGACAACUACCCUUUCCGUUUGCAGUUUGAUUACUCUAUUGACUGGUAACUGGUGGAGACUAAUGAAUCUCUCUAAUCACUAGGGUAUGGUAUGGGUGUCAAACCCAACUCUUUGUCAUUUUCUUGUUUUUAGUCUUAAAAUCCACUCUUCAAAUCCUCCUCUCAUUUCAUUUCCUAUUUCUUAUUUGGUGAGAGAAUCACACGCUUUUGAAAGGGAAUAAACACGUUUAAACACACACGUGCUCAUCUACAUAAUAUAAUUACCACACUCUCUCACACACUAAACGACAAGCUAACCGCACCGAACGACACAUUUUACUCCCGCGUUUAAUUUCUUCUCUUAUCUUUCUCUUUCCAUGUUCGUUUCCCAGUCGGUGCUCUAAAAGAAUAAUAAUAAUAAUUGUAAUUCAAUCUAACCUAAUCUAAUUAAAGAAAAUUGCUAAAAGCAGCUCUAAUGGCGUAGUUGUUGUUACUGGUGGCUUCCACUUGUCUCCAAAUGAAACACUCAACUUGUCAACUUCUCUCUCUACACUCUGCUCCAAUCCCAAACCUAACACUCUAAAUCUUACCGAAUAAAAGAUAAUUAUAAACAAAGAAAGAAAAACCUAAUUUCCUUUCCACCGUAUAGUGGAAAAUCCCUAUAUACAGACAGAGAGAGAAAACUGUUUUUGUUUUCUUUGCUCUGUUUUAGAAAACUCAAACCCCUCUCUGUGUUUGUGUGAUUCUGUUCUAUGUCUAAAGGUUUCAAAGGUACAUCAAGUACCGACGACGACAACAACAACAACGGUAAUGGAGUUUUGUUCAAGAAUUUUUUCGAAGGAUGGUUAGUUCGUCAAGAACAUUACCUGGAUGAGCUAAUCUGCGCCAAUCAAAACUUCGAUGAAUCUUCUGAUGAUGAUCUUAGAGAGCUUGUUUCUCGAAUUCUCGCUCACUAUCAGCAAUACUACGAGGAGAAAUCGAAAAUUACCGAGCGAAAUGUAUUCCUCGUGUUUUUCCCGCCGUGGUUCACUUCUUUAGAGCAAGCUUUUCUCUGGAUCGCUGGGUUCAAACCUGGACUUGCGUUUCGUCUGGUGACGAAUUCGAUCGACGAUCUGUCUGAGGAUCAGAUACAGACCUUGAAUCGGCUUAUGAGAGAGACCAAAUCUCAGGAGCGUAGCUUAAAUGAUGAGCUCGCGAAGAUCCAAGAGAGCAUUGGUGCGCCGCCGUUGUUGGAGAUCGCUAGAUGCGGAGGAAGAAGAUCGGUUCACGGCGGCGAACAAGAGGAGGAGGAUUCCAACUCGGAUUCGGCUAUGGCGGCGCUCAAGUCGGGGUUGGAAGCCGUGGUGACCGCCGCUGAUAGGUUGAGGAUGUCGACGGCGUUGAAAGUUACGGACGUGCUUGAAUCGGCUCAGAGCGUGAAAUUCUUGGCGGCUGCGGCUCAGCUUCAGCUCCGGCUCAGAUCUUGGGGUUUGGAACGAAGAAGAAGCUGAUAUGAGAGUGAGAGAAAGUGAAAGGAAGGCUCAGGUGAGAAUCUUUGAGGCCACAAAUUUUUUAAUGGGACGAAUUUGGUUUUUAUAUAUUUAUAUUUAUAUAUAUAUAGGUUUCGGAUGAAGUCUAUAUUAUUAUUAUUAUUAUUAUUUGGGUUUGGGAUUGUACAAAUUAAUUAUAUAAUUCUAUAUUUAUAUAGUGAGAAAAAUCACAUUUUGAGUCUUUAACGAGUCAACAAAUCACUUUUGUUGAAGAUUGAAGGAUUAAAUUAGAUGCCUUCUUAGUUUAAGUUUAAUUAAUGUCUUUGGUGCCUUAGUUCGAAUUGUAUUUUUAUUUUAAAUAAAAUAUCUCUCCCUUAAUUUAGUGAAAA